UGUACUUCCGAGACUGCGCGGUGUGAGUCACCUGACAGUUGUGUGAUUGCAGCCAGCGGGUUCAGCAUUUGAUACACGGGAUUGGAAAUAAUCACAAAACAAACCAUAAUUCCAGGCCAAGAAACUAAGACAUUUUCCGGAAAAUCCGUUCGCGGUUUCCCCUCGCUUACACAAUGAGUGCUGGCACUCCUAAACCGCUGGCAUCGUCGGGGCAAAAACCCAUUCAGGAGAUGUGCCAUCCGCUCGGAGCCGAGGAGGCAGUUCUCACACCCAGUCCAGAUGUCAGAAACCUCACCAGCAGCAUUGGAGAGAAGGACCAAAUUCUGCCCAAUGGGACACUGGUGGAGACAUCUAGUCCCUCCUCCACGUCUUCCCUCCUGAACCGGUUGGACGAUGACCUGGAUGGAGAAACACGUGACCUCUUCGUUACCGUCGGCGACCCGAAGAAACACGUCAGCACCAUGGAGACGUACAUCACCUACAGAGUGGUGACUAAGACAACGCGGGUGGAGUUUGACCUACCAGAGUACUCCGUGUGGAGACGCUACCAGGACUUUGAUUGGCUCAGGACCAAGUUGGAGGAUAGUCAGCCUACACAUCUCAUACCACCCCUCCCUGAGAAGUUUGUGAUGAAAGGCGUGGUUGACCGGUUCUCCGAGGAGUUUGUUGAGACGAGGAGGAAAGCGCUGGAUAAGUUCCUGAAGAGAGUGGCUGAUCAUCCUGUCCUAUCGUUCAACGAACACUUCAACUCCUUCCUCUCUGCCAAGGACCUGAAUAAGCGACAAGGCCUAGCCCUGCUCUCCAAGAUGGGGGAGUCAGUGAAGUACGUGACAGGAGGGUACAAGCUGAGGGGCCGUCCCAUGGAGUUUUCUGCUAUGGGAGAAUACCUUGAUAUGUUCACACAGAAGCUGGGUACCAUCGACAGGAUAGCACAGAGAAUCAUCAAAGAACAGUCUGAGUACCUAGCAGAGCUGAAGGAGUACGGUCCAGUCUACACCACCUGGGCGGCGUCGGAGGCGGAGCUACAGGGGCCUCUGGAGGGCGUGGCCAGCUGCAUGGCUAACUGCUCCAGCGCUCUGGACGAUCUCACCCAGGAUAUGAGCGGAGACUUCCUGCCCGUGCUCCGAGAAUACGUCCUCUAUAUCGAGUCCAUGAAGGCGGUUCUGAAGAAGAGGGACAACGUCCAAGCAGAGUAUGAGGCCAAACUGGAAGCCGCUGCGCUCCGGAAAGAAGAGAGACCAACAGCCAAGCAGGUGCCUACAGAUGUGGAGAAGUGCCAGGACAGAGUGGAGUGUUUUAACGCUGACCUGAAGUCAGACUGGGACCAGUGGCAGAACAACAAGACACAAGACUUCAGACAGCUACUCACUGGCAUGGCAGACCACAACAUCCAGUACUAUGAGAAGUGCCUUGCAGCGUGGGAGUCUGUCAUUCCAGUAUUACAGGACAAGCAACCACAGGAGACAGAAACAGAGGAAGACUGAAACAGCUGCCCUCUGGAGCACAUCGGAAAGUGGACGUAACAUCUCAAACACUUCUCUACCCGAGUUACCAGUGUCACACACAGACACCGAUACUCUCGACGGGAGAUUACCAAGGAAAUGGGCUUUUGGGUCAACAGACUGAAGUCCUUUUUUUAGUUUUUGGUGUUUCUAUUUGUGAAAGCCAGUCAGUCGGAACGUUCCCAUCCUGCCUGCCGGGUGUUGUCUCACGUCAGGUAGCGCCACGGCAGUCUGCACUGAUCUGUCUGAUAACUUGCAAACACUCAUGGGAUAGCUAAAAAAUAAGUUUGGCCACAGUAUGCUGUGCUAACAUUCGAAAAUGUUACCAAGGUGACAUCGUCUGCUAAAGCCCCUACAUCAUCUAAAAGAGUCCUCGAGUUAAUCUGACCAAAAAUAUCAUCCUGGAGUCAGAUUUAAUCUGACCAGAAAUAUCAAUAAGUCUUCACUACCUAAUUCUACAUCUAACGAAGGUGUUUUGUGGUUGAAAGAAUCAGUAUUUAUGAAAUUCGUAAUGCACACUAAAAUGAGCUAGCUAACGCGUCAGCUACAGUAGCUAGUGUCUGCUUGCUGGCUGAACCAGUCUCUAAUCAAUCCACAAUGAAAGGGAGGGAUGCUAACAAUGCCAGUUUACACACACACACACACACACACACACACACACACACACACACACACACACACACACACACACACAAUGCUGAAUAAUACUAGUAAAUUCUGGCUAAUGCACAAAUGAGUUUUCAUGAUAUCUGUUCUGCUGUGAUUUAGUGUGGCCGAGUCCGAGUCCGAGUCCUAGGCCGAGUGCUACAGCACAGAUGAAUGUAGCAAGGCACAUUGCCAGCUGUCAGAGUCAGACGCCUACUGAUGUCUGACGACAGUCCCAGAACUUUGGUGCCUUACAAGCAAACUAUCUUCCGUAUUCAAACAAGCACUAGGCUGCUAGCUGGAGUUUACUAGGCUGCUAGCUGGAGUUUACUAGGCUGCUAGCUGGAGUUUACUAGGCUGCUAGCUGGAGUUUACUAGGCUGCUAGCUGGAGUUUACUAGGCUGCUAGCUGGAGUUUUACUAGGCUGCUAGCUGGAGUUUUACUAGGCUGCUAGCUGGAGUUUACUAAGCUGCUAGCUGGAGUUUACUAGGCUGCUAGCUGGAGUUUACUAGGCUGCUAGCUAGAGUUUACUAGGCUGCUAGCUGGAGUUUACUAGGCUGCUAGCUGGA